UGUUUCCAUGUGGGUUGAAAGGACACUUUCAUUUUGUUACACUACACUGAAACAAAGUGCUGAGACAUCUGUAAACAUUUAAGGAAAUACUAAUCUCAGUAAUGCAUGACAAUGCAUUUGUUCUCUAAUAUCCAGAAUUGAUCAUAUGUAAUAACAAAGCAGCAUGAGUAAUGCAUAGUCUUUUGACCUUCUCUGUCUCUUUCUCUCCCUUUCCUUUUUGCAGUGCUGCUUGAGCUCAUCUGGGCAAUUGUUUCAAACGUUUCAUGGCAAAGACCAAGCAGCCAAUGAAAUUAACGCACGCUCUGUCUAUUUACUAAAAUCCUGUACUCGAAACCAAUCAGAUUUGAGUGGGCGUGUCCGGCUGAGUCGCGGCGGGGUAGAAACAGAGCAGAGCAUUACUGAAGGAUUCGCUUGAGAAUGGCGGCUGCUGCGUGCAGUACGCAGAGCACUCUAAACCCAUGCUCUGGCAAACUGCACACAGAGCAUUUGCGGAAAAGUGAAUAUUCGCGAAGACAAGCUGCGCUUUUAUUUCUCACUAAUAUAUCCCUGGACGGACGUCCUGUGCGGAAUAAUGCGAGCGCCGCUGGCCGCGGUGAUGCUGAGUUCCAGUGCGCUGACAUCGGCGCGGCUGUGAGCGAACUGUCCGAUGGGACCUUCAACAGUCUCUCUGUGCCCAGACUCGGGCUGCUCAACGCCCCACCCAUUCUGGUUCUACCGUCGGAUUCUGGGUUCGGAAACGUCGGGAGCACGGAGGUGUUCCUGGAGCGGGAGAGCGGCUCGUUCUCCUCGCAGGGGAAUCUCCUCUCCCCGAGCAGUCUGCUGCCCCCUCCGCUGGGAGCGCGGAAGUCACCGACUCUGCUGUCCGUGCAGAGCUGCGGCUCUUCGCUGGACUCGCGACCACGGAGUCGAAAUCCAUCUGGCUCUCCUCGUCCACGCUCCAUGAAGAAGAUCCACUUUAUUAAGAACAUGAGGCAGUAUGACACCAGGGGCAGCAGGAUUGUGUUAAUCUGCGCCAAAAGGUCUUUGUGUGCCGCCUUCUCUGUGCUGCCAUAUGGAGAGAGCUUCCACAUCAGUGACCCUUGUUUGGAUGCUCAGCGGCGUAGGCACUCCUCUGGUGCGAUAUCUGCCACUCUAGAGAUGCUUCCUGGGCUGGAGGGGGUGGAGCUGGGCAUCUACGGCAGGACAGUGUCGUACGCUCAGUUCCUGUAUCCCACUAAUGCUCUGGACCGGCACAAGCCCUCAGUGGACCUCGCUCUACCAAUGCCCUUUUCCAGAAACAGCAUCCCUCGCAGUUGUCCACCCUCUCGCCUCAACAGCGCUGUGGGACUGGAUCUGGGCCUUGAAGACAUUGACUAUGAGCCUAACCUGCUCAGUGACCCUCAGUGGCCGUGUGGAAAACAUAAAAGAGUUCUCAUCUUUGCCUCAUACAUGACAACAGUUAUAGAGUACGUCAAGCCAUCAGAUCUAAAGAAGGACAUGAAUGAGACUUUUAAGGAAAAAUUCCCCCACAUCAAGCUCACACUGAGCAAAAUUAGAAGUUUGAAAAGAGAAAUCCGUUCAGUGGGAGAGGAGUCCGGUUUGCAACCAGUCACCAUAGCGAUGGCGUUUGUUUACUUUGAGAAGCUGGUCCUUCAGGGACGUCUGAACAAGCAGAACAGGAAGCUGGUGACGGCCGCGUGCCUCCUGCUGGCCGCCAAGAUCAGCAGUGACCUGAAGAAACAAGAGGUCAAACAGCUGAUUGUCAAAUUAGAGGAGAGGUUCCGGAUCAGUCGGCGGGAGUUGAUAGCGUUUGAGUUCACUGUCCUGGUAGCACUCGAGAUGGCACUUUACCUACCAGAGAGUAAAGUCAUGCCACACUACCGCAGACUGGUACAGCAGACCUGACAUUUCCCUGCAGCUGUGGCCAGACCGGAGGGUUCAGUGUGGUUGUGCACAUGCAGUGAAGGAGAGGAUGUCCAUGCAGAUGAGAUGCAUUAAGCGGCUGAGAGGACGGGACCUGGCGUUCCCGCCAUUGUGGUUUCAGGUGUCAGAGCAAAUACAUGUCAAAAUGAAGCUUUGAGGAAGAUCUGAUGUUCCAAAUGAUGCUUUUUAUAGCAACUGUGCCAGCAGUGUUUGUUUUCUUGGCUGUCUGUUUUAGUGAUCAUCACAGGAAUACUGUAUAGGAAAACAUCUAGAAGGAUCUCUUUUUUUUAGAUUCAGAAGAGGAGUGUUUUAUUGAAACAGUAAGCCAUAAGAGGCAUCAUGUCAUGUUUAAGAAUGCCUCCUUACCUUUGGUAAAAUCAUUGGAAUGCAUAGACUUAAGUAGCUUAUUGCUUUCAAAUAAUAGUAAUAUUCAAUAAUAUUCAAUAAUUUAACUUUUAGUAAUAAUUCAGUAAAGUCAAUAAUUAAUUUAAUAUUAAUAAUUAUCAAAAUAUACAAUUCUUCUGCCAAAAAUAUACAUUAGGGUGUUUGUGGUUGCCAAGCAACUUGGUGCAUUAAUAAAGUAUGGCGACGGAACAGCUUAGAACCAAUUAGAAUUUAGAGUCUGAACUAUUUGUUUUAUUAUUUAAUUUAAAAACACUCAAACGACUCCUGCUUCCUCACUUGUGUGAAACAUAGAAGCGUGCAUGCAUACUGUAUUUUUUUAUUCUGUAUCUAUGUACCAAAAAUUACUUAUUUAAUGUAAAUCUAUCCUUUUGUACAUUUUAGAACAAUCAUAUAUUCACUGUAACACUAAAGCACUUUUAAAAAAAUUGUUUUACUAAAACAUAUGCAAUAAUCAUAUAAUCAUUAGCAUAGAAUACUGUAUGUCAUGUAAAUAUGCACUUACAUUUGUUGCAUUAUUCAAUGACAAAGCCUACCUUAGUAUUCAAACCUAAUCUGUUCUUCGUCUUUGACGGCCUUAUUACAGGGCUCCGCUGCACUUUAUUGGGAAGAGUGCUCUAUAAUAGAGCUGAUUUCAGGAAAAGCACAUUUAAAGUGCUGCCAUGUUGUUCUUUCUCAUUUACAACAAAUAUUGUCAGUGUAAUCCAUGUCCUGCUUUCUACUUGGAGUUUUGUCUGUGACUAUUAUUCAAUGUCAUAUUAAAUGUUUUUACACAGUGUCAAAAUAUUGGAAAGGCCACACAAAUAUUGUUUUAAUCAAGCUUUCCGCUUUUGAUUUACAGGAAUAGUUCACCCAAAAAAUAAAUAUUCUGUUUUGUAUUUUAUUAUAUAUUUGUAAUAUUUACUCACCGCCAUGUCAUUCUAAACCAUAUGCUGUUGUUUUUCAGUGGAGCAGUAAAGGAGAAUUUUUAAAGAAUCUUCCAGAAGCUCUUUUCAAUAAAAGCUCAUAGUGACCACGUCUAUUGAGCUCCAAAAAACAUAAAUAUGCCAUAACUUUCCAUAGAAGUUGUCCAUAUUACUUGUGCACUAUAUUCCAAGUCUUAUGAAACAUGCAUGAUACCAAAAUUUAAGCCGUUAUUCCCUGAAAAUCUUCCCCUCCGUUGCAGUUUUCAAAUCUCACUUUCCAUUCAGCAUGAAUUCUAAAUGGCUUCAGAAGGUAUUGAAUAUACUGCACGAGUCGCAUUUAUAAUUUUUGGGUGCUUUAAUGGUGUUUUUUGUCCUUUUUGGAGCUUGAAAGAUGUUGUCACCAUGAAUUGCCAUUGCACAGAAAAAAAGUCACAUGGAUAUUAUAAUUUUUUUGCGCUUAACAAUAAUAAACAUAAUAUGAACACAGUAGAAGACAGGCACAGGGUAAGAGAAAGUGAAGGAAUAUAUACAGUAUAUAGCUUGUGUGACAUUUAACAGGAUGAAUAAGAGGGGAAGAAAAUACAUAAAAUACAAACACACAAACAAACAAAAAACAAUCUUUUGUGUUCCGUGGGAAAAGUCAAGUCAAAAGGGUUUGAAACGACAUAAGGGAGAGAAAUAAAUUCCUUUAAUACUUAAUCAUGAUGAUAUAUUUAUAAUAAAUUGGCAACAGUUUGUGAAUUGCAAUGCAUCCAAUAGGAUUUCUAUUUUGGAAUACUUAAAAGUUUCCUGUUUAUUAAUUGCAUACCAUAAAAUAUUAGAUUCAGCAUCUAACUUUCUAAAAACUAUAAACAUGACAAUCCUAUAUCAUGGUGUUAUCUAAAAAAAGACAGUGUUAUUCAUAAAAAUGUCAUUAGUUGUGUUGAAAUUAAACAGGUUUUCUACUAUUUCCAUUCUUUCAGUCCCUAAAAUCUAUGCAGUACUUUAGACAAUAUUGUUUUUUCCAUUUACUCACAAAACAUACUCUUCCCAAUUCUUACUCCUCUCUGCCUGAUUUUAUGGAUUCACAUUUUAGUGUGAGCAGAAACUCUGUUGUGGAAAGGUUGUGUGUUACCUUAGUUUGGGAGCAAUUCCCUGUAUAUAUGUAGUUUCAAUCGAUACAUUUUAUCCACAUUUUUUUUUUUUAUGUAUCUUUCUUAUAUUUUUAUGAUUCUUGAAAUAAGAAAUUAUUUCCUGAUAUAAAUCUGCUUGUUCAAAAACUGUGACCUUCAGCAUUCAGAAAUAUGUGAGACAUUUGCACUUUUUUUAAGCAGUCUAGUGUGUGCAUAUUAUGUGAUGAGUUUUGGGCUGUGCUCGGAAUAGCAUACUAACAUACUUUUCUUACUAUAUUUGCAGUAAAUAGUAUGUAAUAUAUAUGCAACAUCAUGAGGUCUUGUAACAAUGUUUGCAUGUUUAUAGUGAUAUAAUGCUUACAGUUUCACUUACUGUUUUUUAAAUUCCAGGCAGUAUAGUGCACACUGCACAGUACUUAGUGAGUAGUAAGCUACAGUAGUAUUCCAUUCUCAGCAUAGCUGUGGUUGCCCUUUUUUGUCCUUCACAUUACAGGGGCUUUUAUUCACAGUACUCUGCUAUGGCUGCCAUCUAGAGGUGUGUGUGUGCUACUUUUUGUGUUUUAGAGCCCUUGAGCAACCUAAAUACUGUAGAUAUAAAAGUCUAACAAUCACGUUAACACACAUUCAAUUCAAGUGCCUAGGAAUUUUUGUAAUGGAUGAUAUGGUAAAAAGAGAAAAUGGAAGUAAAGCAUUAGUUUAAUUAUUUAGUUUAGCUAUUGCACUGUGAUUUUCUAUAUACCCACAGCACCUUCAUCCUGUUUAAUCUGUAAUUAUAAAGGUGUGCUUUAAAGAACAUAAUCCAGCUAUUCAGACAGGGUAAUAUUCUGGUUUAAUAGCCUGUUUCAGCUAUAGCCAAUCAAUCAAUGAGUCUUUCAGUGUUUGAUAUACAGUGUAUUUACUUUUGUUUCACUUGUGUCUUUGCCUGCAGUAGCACUGUGGACCUCGUUUUGUAUUUCAAGGGUCAGAGGCCUGAUAGAAUGGAGAAGUGACAACAAAAAAAUACAUUUCCUCUGAUCUCUUCCAUGGAGUUGAGCAGAAUUUGCUCAUCUUCAAUAACGAAUUAUGCUGGGAAAGAAGCCAGCACAAGAUAAGGGGUAUGGCAGCAUUGUGGUGCUGCUAAAAUCAAGUCGACAUCUUGCUCUGUUGAGGUAGAGAUAAAGCUUGUUUCUCAUUGAUACUCUUGUGUUUAACCAGCACCUCAAGUGCAGCAAACAGUUCAUGUGCUUCCUUGUCUUUGUUAAAUCUCGUUUCUUGGUUUGUUUCUGUUUACUUUAUCUUUUACCUGAAUCAUUUGUGUCAUAAUGAGUUUUAUCUGUGUAAAUGUGCAAUUAGCCUUUAGGUUACAUUUGUUUAGUAUGUUUAUGAUGAAUUAUAUUUGAAUAUUAUUUGUUAUAAUUGUUGAAUUAUUGAGCACUUUCACAAAUAUAUUUUCUGAGAUCACUGAAGACUUGUGCAAGUGAAUUCUUUCUUUACAUCCCUCUAUGUAUAAAAUGUAACCUUCUAGUAUCUGUACAUCUCACUUGCACAUAUGAGAUCUACAUAGUGGUGGACACUGUUAGUACGGAAAUCUUUAGGUAGUUAUAGCAUUGUACUGAUGCAUGAAUAUGAGUUCCUGAAACUGGUAGGGAAAUUGUAUGUUAAUAAUAUGAUCACUACUACUAAAAGGUAACAAUAAGGUAAGGUAAUAUUCUGUGCUAAAUCCUGGAAAUGACAUGACAUCCAUGUAGGGAUACUAGGAGGGACAAGAUGUAACUUUCUUCGGGUUUACUUGCUGAACAAUGUUUCACUGUAUAGAUGUGUGAACAUCCACAGCAAGUAAAAAAUAUUUUCUUUUUUUUUUCUUUUUUUUAAUGCAAAGCUUAAGUUCCUUAUACUGACUCCAGCCGUGACGAUCAUAAACCCUAAUAAAGAUGCUUAUUGAUGUCACUCCUGCACACUGAACAGAGAAGGAUCCUAUUUUACAUAAAAAGGCAGUAGUCUUUCAAGCUCCAAAAAGCCUUAUAUUUCACAUUAUACAUUAUAGAUAUUACAGUUUUAUCUUCUGUUAAUGCCUGAGCUUCUGUAAAGCUGCUUUGAAACGAUAAGUGUUGUGAAAGGUGCUAUACAAAUAAAAAUGACUUGACUUGA